AUGGGGUUACAGGAUGUCCCACGUUACUUCACAUACUUCACAGUUGUUGUCGCUAACUCUAUCAGGCUGAUCCAUGCGGAUACUAAUUCUGACUCGUCAGUUGUGACUCAUCCGACAACCCGGAAAAGGAAAUCUAAAUCUUCCUCUGUUCCUCAUACCAGGAAGAAGAAAAAGAAAUCUAAAAAAUCUAAGAAAUCAAAGAAGGCAACUGUUAGUUCUUCUGGUUCUUCUUCUUCUGAUAGUUCCUCGUCCUCAGACUCGGAUGAAGAUGAUGACAACCCAGGAAGCAACUGGAACGUCAUGCAUUCUCUCUGGCCAGCUGAGAAAAGGCCUCUAGCCCUACAAGAUAAAGCCAGGUUUAACUCAAUGUCCCUUGAAAAUAUCAUGGCACUGGCCCAGUUUGAUCGUGAGAAUGCCAAAUCCGUCGAGAGUGACCUCUCUUCUUCUUUUACCAGGGACAAAAAACCUCCUCUCGUCAAAUUCAAAAAAGAAAAGGAUGACGGGUUCAAACUUCUCCACUCUGCCAGGUUUCAAAGAUACCCCUUGGGAGAUAUCAAAGACUGGUACAAAAAGGUUCCCAGAGUCCGCAGCCAUCAGUACAAGAGCCUUCCCCUCCAGUACAGCGGCUCUAAUAACAAAGUGACCCACCGCACUAUCCAGCAGCUACAUGACCGUACCAAGUGCCUCUCCUUCAAGCACUUCCACUCUGGAAAUAUAAAUGUAAGCUCCAAACCUAUACAGAAAAUCGAGAAAAGAGAUGAAAAUGGCGUGUUCUCUUCUCUUGAUUUUAAUUGGGAGGCUCCUGUUAACCUAGCCCAAGUUGCUGAUGCUCUCCUGAAUUAUGCCACCAUACUACUUCAUAUAUGGCCUUAUGAUCAAACAGGCCUCAUCAUUCUCAGGGUAAUUAACAAAUACAACUACUUCUCCUGU